UCUGAUUUGGUAGGCCAGAGACCUCUGUCUCGGAUGAACUUUCAGCUGAUAAAUGCAUGUUCUCGGAGCCGACCAUGCUAUGGGUCAUGACAUUACUAGCUGAGAGACAGUGGUGUGUCACUGUCUGGGGAAUGGUCUCGACUUCGUAUUACUUCCAGCCUAUGGCAGCAUUUGUUAAUGUUAAACCCCACCCAAGCUUCGUGAUCCAUUCUUAUUUAGCGGGCGACUGGUUGUGGGAGGCAACGAGUGCAGGUAGUGGGCUUUAAUGAGACGGGGUUGGGAGAUCGCCGCUAGGAUCACCGUUAACCUGAACGUUUUUGGUUUGAGGCCAAUGAGGCCAUAGCUACCACUGAUUCUGUAUUGUGCGUAAGUUCCCCAGCACACACUGUCAGUGGUGUUUAGGGGCCCCGUUCUUUGCUUUUCGCCCUUUCCAAGUAUCACUUAUUCCAUGUAUACCAAAAUGAAUUCAAUGUCAAGUGAAACUUCACCAUGGAUUAAGGUUUUCUAGGCAAAUAUCUGUUUUCUCCGCGAUGGACAGCUGCCCUCAUAUUGAAGGGGGCAUGGGGGAUGGUGUGCGUGUGUGCCAACCUGUUGACAAAAUUGUAGCCUAGUGCGCAGUAGCUGGAAUUGCUUAGCGAGGCACGCGGUCC